AUGGUGAGAAGAGACAGGCGACCAAGAACGAGAAAGAGAUCGAGAACAUUAACAAACAUCACGAGGAGGGAAGACCAGCGGCUGGAGCGGGAAGAGCGUGACCUUCCCCCAGAGGUCCUGGCAUUGGUCAUCUCCCGCCUCAACCUCAGAGGAAAUAUACGCGCCUCCGCCGUCUCCACCCGGUGGCUGGCGGCAGCCAUCUCCAUCCGGCAGGUCAAGUCCCCGCCGCUGCUCAUGCACAUUCCGAAGCGGGGAGAUUUCUACGAGUUUUACGACCCGUCAUCCUCCACCUCCUAUGUCCUCGAGAUCCCUGAGAUCCGAGGGUCCCGGGUCCUCUACUCCCGGAACGGGUGGCUCCUCCUCAACAACCCCAUCUCGCUGGACCUCUUCUUCUACUGCCCCUUUAUCCGGUGCACUCAUCCAAUCCCUCAGCCAUGGGACACGAUCAUGCCGCUGACCACUGCCUUCACUGCAGCCCCUCUUUCCGCUAACUGCAUCGUCUUCUCUCUCUUCCAGACCAGAAGCACCAUCACAGUCGCUGUGUGGCGGCACGGGUGGACCGAGUGGAAGUCGAACACCUUCCCGAGGCCCCUGCAGUACUUCUACAGUCCGUGGGUCCAAAUCGCCUACAGCAGAGGCUGCUUCUACUGCCUGAGCCUGGAGGGUCAGCUGGGGGUGUUCGAACCGAACAGCUUCGCGUGGUCUAUCCACUACAUCAUGGCCCCUGUCUGCGGAGGGUUAGUGGGUGAGAACCCGUGGGAGGCGAGGUUCAUGGCCGAGCUCGAGGGAGAAGUUUACGUAGUGUGCACUGGCCCGGGGCCUGCCCCAGUCGUCUAUCGGGUGGGCUCAGAGGAAGGGAAUGAGUGGCUGCCGGUAAGGUCGCUGGAAGGGGUGGCGCUGUUCGCCAACGACCUGACGUCCCUGGCGAGGGCAGACGUGGGGACUCCCACAGCGGGGAGGAUUGUCUUCUCCAAAGUGAAGUUCCACGGGGCGAAGUGCGUGAUGUACUCUCCCGGCCAGGGGAGGUACUACCCGGAUGCCAAGAUGAAGCUUGACUGGAGAAGAGAGGAGCCAUAUCGAAGCAUAUGGAUCGACGUGCCAGAAAUCAACCCGGAGUUCAGGGGUAUCGAGUUGGGUUCGCCGGAUGGUGAUGAUGCGGCAGCUGGUGGCGGCGAUGAAUAG